CGCUUUCUCCACCAAUCAUUCAAGUGGCAUUAUGUUUAUAGCAUCUCCUUUUAUCUAUAUAUAUGUUCAUGGUUGCAAACAUUUAGCAGCAGCACAAGUCAUUCACAUCCUAAAUCACAAGAAACUCAAAUACUUGCAUCUUAUUUACAAGUCAUUUGUAAAACUAGUCUUUCUUCAACACAUACAAAAAUGGGUUUUCGGUUAUCUGGUAUCGUAAGAAAGGCAUCAGUUACUUCAUCUUCAAAAGCUAUGGAAGUGCCAAAGGGUUAUCUUGCAGUUUAUGUUGGAGAGAAAAUGAAGCGGUUUGUGAUCCCUUUAUCAUACUUGAACCAGCCUUCAUUUCAAGACUUGCUAAGUCAAGCUGAGGAAGAAUUUGGGUAUGAUCAUCCAAUGGGUGGCCUCACAAUUCCUUGUGAAGAAAAUAUGUUUUUAGAUAUCACUUCUUGCUUGAGUUGAUGCAAGCACCAUCAAGACUAGGCUGACUUAGAAAUAGAUUACUUAACACAAUUCUUGAAACAAUUCUUACCCUGAGAAAGAUUUUCCCCAAUUUUUGUUAUCCUACUAUUCAUCUCAAUGAGAAAUUUAUGCACAUAAACAUUUGUCUCCCAUUUUCUCAAUGUAUU